AUGAAAACCAGCGCUCCACCGAACGCGGCCAAACUGAUCUGCAUGCGCAGCGGCCUGCGGCGAAGGCAACAAUGCAAUGGGGUCGUCAAAGUUGAGCAGAAAGAAGCCCUGGAGAAGGAAGCAAAGCUCAUCAUUCUGGAGGCCGGGGUCACCGACGGAAGCCAGAUCAACCAGAUCCCCACCAAGUACAGCCAGGCGGAGUCCACCAAGUUCCUGGUCCUCACCGUCGUGUCCAUCCUGUGCAUCGUGGCCGUGCUGCUGGCCUCCACCGUGGUCUACUGCCUCCGCCACCGCUCACACCACAAGCUCAAAGAGAAGCUCACCAAUCUGGGGACGGAUGCUGGCAGCGAUGCUACCGCCACCUAUCAGGAGCUCUGCCGGCAGCGCAUGGCGGUCAAACCGCCGUCGGAGCGUCCGGAGCCGAUGUCGUCCCGGAUCAACAGCGUCUCGUCUCAGUUCAGCGACGGCGGUCCGGCCGUGAGCCCGUCGGCGCGGAGCAGCGUCUCCUCCUGGAGCGAGGAGCCCGCCCACACCAACAUGGACAUCUCCACCGGUCACAUGAUCCUGUCCUACAUGGAGGAUCACAUGAAGAACAAGGACCGCCUGGAGAAGGAGUGGGAGGCGCUGGGCGCCUAUCAGGCCGAGCCCAACGCCUGUACCGCCGGCCUGAAGGACGGCAACGCCAGGAAGAACCGCUCCGCCGCCGUCGUGGCUUAUGAUCACUCCAGAAUCACCUUGAAGGUGGAGAACAGCCAAGGCAACUCUGAUUACAUCAAUGCCAGCCCGAUCAUGGAUCACGAUCCCAGGAACCCGGCCUACAUCGCCACUCAAGGCCCUCUGCCCUCCACCGUGGCGGAUUUCUGGCAGAUGGUGUGGGAGAACGGCUGCGUGGUCAUCGUGAUGCUGACGCCUCUGGUGGAGAGCGGGGUGAAGCAGUGCUACCACUACUGGCCCGACGAGGGAUCCAACCUGUAUCACAUCUACGAGGUGAACCUGGUGUCCGAGCACAUCUGGUGCGACGACUUCCUGGUUCGUAGCUUCUACCUGAAGAACAUGCAGACCAACGAGACGCGGACCGUCACUCAGUUCCACUUCCUGACCUGGAUCAACCAGAACGUCCCGGAGACGAGCCGGACGCUCCUCGACUUCCGCAGAAAAGUUAACAAGUGCUACCGGGGACGCUCGUGUCCUAUCAUAGUCCACUGCAGUGACGGUGCGGGAAGAAGUGGGACGUACGUCCUGAUCGACAUGGUCCUCAACAAGAUGGCUAAAGGCGCCAAGGAGAUUGAUAUUGCAGCGACUCUGGAGCACCUGCGGGACCAGAGGCCGGGAAUGGUUCAGACCAAGGACCAAUUUGAGUUUGCGUUGACGGCCGUCGCGGAGGAGGUGAACGCCAUUCUGAAAGCUCUUCCGCAGUAGGAGCAGGAGCUCUCUCGAUGGACCUCCUUCCGCCUUUGGAGGACCUUGCUUAAUAAUUUCCCUUCUCCCAUCGCCUCCAUUUGCUUCCUCGUUCCCCCAUCCCUGAUUUCCCAGUCCCCUUUCCUUCCACCGGUCCGGUCCUUAUUCGUUUUUUUUUUUUUUGUCUCGUCUUUCCUCGCCUCGUCUCCUCCCCCCCUUUCUCUCCCGUCUAACUUGACCCAUCUUUUUAUUUCCUCCUUUUACCCUGCCCUUCAUUCCCUCUCGUCUCCUCUCCUCCUGACCUCCACUUCCUCCUCUUCCUCCUCCUCUCCGUCCAUCUUGGUAAACAUUGAACCAACCCUGUACAUAGACAGACCUUCCUUCUAUUGUAACGUCCCAUGCAGCAUGUUUUCCAAAAACAUUUUCAUAGAUUGAUAAAAAAAAUAAUAAUAUAUAAUAAUUUCUGUGGUACAUUUAUCAUCGUUUUUCUGUUCGAUUUGGUCUUUGUUAUGGGUGUGUGUGUGACGGCAAUCAUCAUUCUUCUGUAUCAAUAUCUGUGUCAAGAUUUUCAGAGCCACGCUUUCUGAUAUGUUAUCACGCAGUACGAUUAAUUUGUUCUCAAGUGAUGAAAAGAUGCUAAUAAGGCGUUGUUUACGCCAAUUGUGUCAACUCUGUUAAAACGUCUGCAAAUGUUCCACUUGCUGUGAGAAAAAUAAAUUUAAAAAACACGCUGGUAACUGGAUGUGAGGUGAUAUUAUAUAUAUAUAUAUAAAUUUAUUUUUUCAACGUGAAUUCUCAUUAGAGUAGAAGCAAUAUUGUGUUCCUUCAGCCUGAAUCGUUAUCUCUCGUGGCUCGUCGCUGACGUUCCACUCGUGUCUGCCUUAAUAAAAAAUAAAAAACUCAAGUGUGGAAACCGGGCUGCCGUUGGAAACGCUUCCCUUUUUAAAAACGGCCUCAUUCAAGAGGAUUAAAGGUGCGACCGCCGAAUGAAAAACCACUCUCGUAAAAACUCCCAAGAGCAGGUGUGUGAGGUUCGAGUCCUCGAGUCGACGUUAUUGAUCAAUCUGAACGCUGGAAUGCAGCCAUUAAAAAACAACAACAACAACAACAACAAAAAUAACGAUAAAUGAGGACAGUCUUGCCUCUGGCCAGCGGUUCUUCUCUGUAGCAUCGAUGGGAGAUCUGUACAGCAGCUGAACCCGCUGUUGCAUUUCAAACUGCUUUGCGGUGACACUCGUCAGCUGGUUUUUCCCCCAAAAAGCACAUUUUGUUCUGUUUGUAAAGUGCAAAACGAAGACUCAUCAAAGGAACUCGACAGUGAUCGCUUUGUGCACCGUUUCCUUCAAACCUGCUCGUGCGUUGAAAUUCGCUGCCGUCCAAAUCAUCCAACCUGUGUUUUGAACGUACAAUAUUGUACCGAUAUUCCAGGCAGACGUUUAUUUCCAUUCAUAAAUGUCGAAGGAUACAAAAAUCUAUUAAAUCUAAUGAAUCUAUUAAACCAAACUGGCUGCCUAGAAAGCAAACAACGUUAAAAUAAAUAAGCAUAAAGUAUACUUGGGUAUACCCCGGCUGUGUUGGGCAAAGGGAUGGUGUUACCCAUAAACCCCUGUGUGUGUGUGUGUGUGCGUGUGUGUGCGUGUGUGUGUGCGCCGAGAGAACUACUACUACUCAUAAACAGUGAAGAGAACACGACUAUCACAUCCAUCUAAAGAUGCCUUUUGGGAAAAUCAGCUCGUAGUUUGUGGGAAAUCAGCUUAAUUAAGUUCACUACUUUUAAUUAGCACAGUUUUAUUUUAACCAAAUCUUGUUUGAAUCACCAAUAAUAAGACUCUGCUGCAAGUGCAUGUUUUUUUUUUUUUUUGUUGUUGUUGAUCUGAGCAAAACCCUCCAAGCAAACAAACAAAUGUCCACUUCAUAACUUUCAUGCAUCGUGCUGCACGACGAGCUCCGAGGACCUCAGAAGUACCAAAAAAAGCCAAAGGGUGCUCAUCACCUGGAAGCUGACGCAGUCUCCACGAUGAUGUAACACUGCAGCGAGCCGGUGUCACGUCGUUUGGAAUCGACACGAGGAAGUGAAACACGCUGCAGCUCGUGGGAUGGAAAUGUUUUAAAGACACCGUCGUGUAUGUUAUAAAAUGUGUGGAAAUAUAUAUACGUGGAACUGCAUUGAGAAGAAUUGAAAUGAGCUGAAUCUACCCGCUAUUUUUUUUUAUGUUUCCAUUUUCAAAUAAUAGGUGUUUCUUUUGCAGUGGAGAUGCUCAGUAGGUCAUUUCUGUGGUUCACUCCCUCCAUCAAGUGAGAAAAAGAUGGCCGUCCUGCUGCACUAACACUCUGUACAUAAACCCCCAAAAGAUAUUUUGUUCUAUCGGUGUAAACAAAUUGUGAAUAAAGUGUCAUUGUCGAUGCGGUAUUG